AUGUCAUCUAAAUCAGCAGCAGCUAUCUUACAGCGACAAUAUAAGGACUUGACUGAUCCAAAAAAAGGAAUUCCCUCAUUUCACAUUGAGUUGGACGAUGACAACAUUUUUUUAUGGAAUAUUGGUGUCAUGGUAUUAAACCCUGAGUCAUUAUAUCAUGGUGGUUAUUUCAAGGGCCAGAUGAGAUUUCCUCAAGACUUUCCCUUUUCGCCACCAAGUUUCCGAUUCACCCCUGCAUUAUAUCAUCCAAAUGUUUAUCGUGAUGGUAGAUUGUGUAUUUCUAUAUUACACCAAGGCGGCGAUCCUACCAGCGACGAACCAGAAAGCGAAACCUGGUCGCCGGCACAAACAGUCGAAAGUGUUUUGAUUUCCAUUAUUUCCUUGUUGGAUGACCCCAACGGCAACUCACCUGCCAAUAUUGACGCUUCUGUUGAAUUUAGAAAGAACUACAACGAAUACAAAAAGAAAGUAUUACAAGAAGUUGAACGGUCCAAAAAAGAUAUUCCAGAGGAUUUCAUUAUGCCUGAAACUUCUGACAACGCUUAUUCAAACUACCACAACUUGAAAAACAAAGAGGUGGUCGAGGAACCAGUGGACGAAGAUUUUUGGUAUGAGAGCGAAGAAGAAGAAAGCUUUGAUGAAGAAAGUUUGAUGGAUGAAAAUAUGGACGAUCAGUUUGAAGAUGAUGACGAAGAAGAAGAGGAUGACGAGGAUGAAGAUAUGGGUGGGAAAUAA